AUGCUGCGUUCUGUGUUCUUAGGAUUCCUUGUGAAUUUCUGUUUCUACAUUUUUACCAAAAAUGGCUGCAAGGCGACUGAGUUUACCUUGGAAGGAGACUACAAACUCGGGGGAAUUUUUCCCGUUCAUACAGCGAAUGAGAUUGUAAUUCCGAAUUCUCCUAUGGCACUGCAAUGCUACACACAGCCAUUUUUCAUGUCUGGUUAUCAGAUGCUGCAGGUGAUGAGAUUUGCCGUGGAGCAGAUCAACAACUCCACUACUCUUCUGCCUAACAUCUCCCUCGGCUAUGAGAUCUUUGAUUUUUGCCUGAACAAUCAGAAUUUUCCUUCCAUCCUUGAUUUUAUCUCUGACAAUAAUCGAAUAAAAGUUCAAGCCAGUUUUGAAGAAAACAAACAUAAUGUUAUAGGUCUUGUGGGUCCUUACGGGAGCUCAGAAUCUUUGGCCAUUGCACCUUUAUUCAUGAUGGAUCUUAUUCCAAUGAUCAGCUAUGCAUCAUCCAGCUACACCCUAAGCAAUAAGUGGACAUAUCCAAGUUUUUUAAGAACUGUACCAACCAACCAAGCUCAGAUUCUGUUAAUUAUUCAGUUCAUUCAGUAUUUUGGGUGGAAUUGGGUGGCCUUCAUCGGAAGCAAAGACGAGUACAGUCAGAACGGGCUGGAACUGUUCCGCAAGAACAUCAAUGACACCAACAUCUGCUUGGCUUUUGUCUAUGAGCUCUCAAGAAAGUCCAAUUAUGCAGAGAUACUCAACAAGAUAGAUUCACUGAGCAUCAACAUCGUCAUAGUCUUUACACUCGAGGACUCCGCCCGCGAGUUCAUCAAGACGGCUGUGAAGAUCAAUAUGAGAGACAAGGUCUGGAUAGCGGGUGAUGCAUGGUCCAUGGACCAGGAUCUCUCCACGUUCCCCGGCAUCGGACGUAUUGGGGCGAUUUUCGGGGUUACUGAAAUGACACUGAGUUUACCCGGAUUUGAUGACUUUGUCUACCAAACACGGGACAGUGAUAGAAAUGAUGACUGUCUUAGCUGUGAGGGUGGAAGUAGGUGCAAUCAAGUAUGCGAAAACUGCACAAGCUUGAAUCCAAACGAUAUAAUUAAAGAAAAUCCUACAUUCUCAUUUGCCAUCCAGUCAGCUGUGCACAGCUUGGCUCAUGCACUUCAUCAAGUGCUCAAUUGCAGCGUGGCAGGGUGCGACCCACCGAGAGAAAUACCACCUUAUUUGAUUCUUCAAAAGGUAAAAAAGGUAAGCUUCAAAUUGCAAGAUCGUCAUAUUCAAUUUGACGAACAUGGAGAUCCACCAGCCAGUUUGGCAGUAGUGCUUUGGAGACCAGACAAAAACCCCUUCUUUGGGGUAGUUGCCACAUUUGAAACGCACCCAGCUGUUCUCUUGACCUUGAACAAUGACUUUAGUCCCUGGUCUAAAAAUGGCACAGUGCCGUUUUCUAAUUGUUCGAUUGAAUGUGACUCUGGUUUCAAAAAAGUGCAGAAUUCAAUACAUAAAUGUUGUUUUCAGUGUGAGAAAUGCAGCGCCCACACAUACGUCAACACCACGGCGGACGCUUACACUUGUGCCCCAUGUCAGGAAGGUUACUGGUCCGAUGAGAAGAGCACGCUGUGCACAAAACGCACUAUUAUUUAUCUUCACUCUGAAGAUCUUCUUUCAAUAAUCUUUCUGGUAUGUGCUGUGUCCUAUAUUGCCAUCUCUGUCGGACUCAUCAUCCUUUUCGCCAUCAACUACGACACUCCUGUGGUGAAAUCUGCCGGCGGUAACAUGUGUUUCCUCAUGUUAUUCUGUUUGGUUCUGGCCAACGCUGGAAUAUUCUUUUAUUUUGGAGUGCCUAACCCAGAAAACUGUGCUGUAAGAAAUGUCUUCUUUAUCUUUUUCUACACCAUUUGUCUAUCUUGUAUGGGUGUACGCUCCUUUCAAAUUGUUUGCGUUUUCAAAAUUGCUGCCCAGUUCCCCAAUGCCUAUUCCUGGUGGAUGAAGAAUAACGGUCAGUGGCUUUGCAUUACGGUCUACUCUUUCGUUCAGCUUAUUGCUUGUGCAGUUUGGCUUCUGUCCGGCCGACCCAAACCUUACAAUGACAGUCUGUCUUAUAAAGAUCAGACUAUUCUGACCUGUGAUAUGGGGGCAAUGGCUGCAUCCACCUUGGCUUGGUCUUGCCUCUGGUUCCUUAGCAUAGUCUGUUUCUGUUUCUCCUACAUGGGCAAAGACCUUCCAAAAAGUUAUAAUGAAGCAAAGUCUAUCACCUUUAGUCUGCUUUUAUUUUACCUGUGCUGGAUUGGGUAUUUCACAGCAUAUAUUGUGUUCAGAGGAGCUUACAUACAGCUUUUUAAUGCAAUGGCUCAGCUGUCCAGUUCAUACGGGAUUAUAUUUAGUUUCUUCAUGCCGAGAGCCUACAUCAUUGUCUUUCAACCCAAGAAGAACACUCAGGCGUACUUUCAAUCAUCAAUCCAGACUUACACACAGACACUUAGCAGAAUGUAG